GUGGCACCUCAAGGUUACCACGUGUACAUGUUGAUUAAAGUCUUGUGCUUUGCGUCACCAUCCUAGAACCGAGCAGGCUUAUAAAAGGGAACACACAUCUGGGCGCACAAACCUUCGCCUGCUCGUUUAUUUCUGCUCGGAAACGGAACUCAGACUCACGGCCAAGAUGAGACUGUAUCUCGCAGUUGCGGUGCUGAUGCUGGCGUUCGUCGCCUACACGGAGGCCCAGGACCAGACCGUUGAGAAGAUGACCAGGAUCACCGAUCAACUAAGUGAGAUCGGCAGGAACCUGGCAGACAAUGCCAGGACCACCUUCGAGAAGAUCCAGAACAGCCCGUUUGCACAAAACGCAAAGACCUGGCUGGAUGAGCAGAUCGAUAAGCUGAAGCAAAAGGUUGGAGAACUGUCUCAGUAAACGAGUAAACAGAUUCCUGUUUCCACAACAACCAACAAUCCCCACUGGUCCCGACUCUGACCAUCACGCUGGGACUCGGUCAUGGCGAGCUGUUCUGUCGAUCACCUCAACGGUCGUCUUCCCUCUCUGUGAAAAGACGCUUCGUUUAUGAUAUAAUUAUAAACUUUAAAAAAUAAGUAAAUAGGAUAAAGAAAUACACCAAAAUAUAAAACAUCUUUUUAUAUCAAUUCUGUACCACUGCUAAUAUUUAUAAAUGUAAGGACUCCAUAAUGUAAAAGAAGUGGGAGAGUGUGUUGAAGAUGUGUGAUGAUAAAUAAAAGGCCAGUUCUGUUCCAACA